AUUUCCCGCCUCGAGAAAUACAGAUAGAUAGUGAGAGAGAUUCCCAGACUGCAACUAAUUACAGCAAUGGCCACCACGGAAUCGGCGGCGCCGCCGUUAAACGACGUCGAUAUCGUGCAUUUAGCUCAACGAAAGCAACCUUCCAACAGCCAUCAACAAUCCAACGUUUCACUGCCUCCAUUUCUCCUCUCUCCUCACUGUCACAAGGACCUCCUCUCUUACCUCCAUUCACGCGCCGCCUCUCCUUCUCCCUCCUCCGUCGUCUGCGAGUACGUCAUCUCUCUUCUCUCCCUCAUUUCACUCUCUCCCGGAACCCCCACUGUCUGUUCUUUGCUCUCUUCUCUUCUCUCAUCAUACACUCAACUAUUCCCUUCGCUUCCCCACGACUCGAAUUCCCUCAGAACAAUAAAAAAUUUCAACACCCUUUUGAUCCAUGUUCCUUUAGAAGACCUCAAGUUGGUUAUUGAUUUGGUUGCAUCAGAUUUAUCAGGGGUUGUUUCAGUGGAUGACGCCCAACUGUUCGAUCUUUUGCCGCAAUGUUUCGAGUUGAUUCGAAACGCGGAGGAAAAAGGUGGGGAUUAUGUGAAUUCCGUCGUGGAUAAGAUUCUUGAUUCCAAAUGGUCGAAAGGAUUUUUGCUUAAAAUGGUUUCCAUUGCCAAAGAGUUUAGUUUUCUUGAUAAAACGAGAGGGAACGAGUUUUUGGAGAAAGUUUUCGUGGGGAUUAAAACUGUGGAUUUGAUGGACUUGCCUUCCCUUGUUUAUCAGUUGUUAGUUUUGGCUUCGAAAGGGUUCAAUAAAAGGGAGAUUAUUGAAGGGAUUGUGUACUUUUUUGGGUCUGAAUUGGGUUCAAAAAUGGCUUCCACUGUUAGGCAAGUUGAAGGGACUGUUUUGUUGCAUGUUAACUUUGCAGUCAAGCAGGAUCCUUCUUUGGGGAAAGAGGUUAUGGGGUUAGUUAAAUCUGAUCUUCGAGCUUUUAAUCAUUUCACGGUGGCUGUUUUAUUGUCAGUGUCAAGGGUACGGAGGUUUAGUGAAAGCUCAAUGGCUAUUUUGAAAACAGCUUUGCUUACCGCAUACCGUGACUAUAAAUUCACCAAAGAAUGUAAAUGGAUACCGGAUGAUAUUAAGGGAGAAUAUCUGAAGAGUGUUAAAGUGGUCGAGAAGUCCGUGUUAAGAGCUGUAAAUGAGAGCAACUAUGGGAGGGAGCACAUGGUGCCUAGUAUUUUGCAAUUUGGUUUUAUCUUGCUAGAGUCAGUUGGGGAGGUAAACUGCAAAGAGCUCGGCAAUUCUAAUGGUCUCCUUGGCAUUGAAGAGCUUGGUAUUCAGAUGCUGAAAACUCUAUUUGAGGUUCAUGAUAUGGCAAGAAACGAGAUUAUGGAGCAAGUCAAGUUUCGCAUUCUCUCUUUGAAGCCAGAGCUGAGUAGGCCAAUAUUAAGGCUGCUCUGUUAUCUCAUUCAGUGUUAUCCUUACCCUAUGAUGGAACAUAUUCCCCGGCUUAAGGAAUUGCUGGAUUACUUCACUUUCAUGGAUGGAAAAAUUGCCUCUUAUCUUGUCAGUGCCCUUUUGCCUCUCAUCAGAUUCAGCCGUGAUCUUCGGGAUUAUGCUAUUUUGGUUGUGCGCAAGGCUGUGUUUAGAAGAGAAGAAGCAGUUCGUGUUGCAGCAACAAAUUCCAUUAUCGAGCUUAUACUAGCGGAGAAGCAACCUAAGGGGGAUGGCUUGUUUUUUCUCCAAGACUCGUCUAGCCAAGCAAGCUGCAGUCAGCAAGCUGACAUACCUUGCAGCAUGGGGGGAGAUCUCUUUCAGGAGUUGAGUGCUUUGCUGCAGAGAUGUCUUUAUCAGCAGGCAAAGGUGAAGCAAGUUGUGUAUCAAGGACUGGUGAAGCUCGUUCUAGCAGAUCCGGCAAUUGGAGGGCUUGUCUUUGAUUUUCUCUUACCUCAUUUUCUCCAGUUUUUCAAAGAGGGUCCGGAUGUCCAGCUUGGAGUUAGCUCUUGCAUUAAAUCAGAAAAUGGCAAAGUACUUAUUCAGGAGCCCCUGGAUUGCCUUCUUUCUUGUAUCUCCUGGAUUUUACUUCUUCAGACUCAUGGCAAAACCGAUAAACUUUUGGAUUCUAUUGGGGCAUGUUUCGGUUUCUCCCUCUCGCAAGAGAAUGAGGAUGGCAGGAACAUGUCUACCGAGGUGUUUUCCGGUGCUUUUUUGAAGAUCCGGAAGUUUCUAAGAAAUGCAAAUUUGGAAGACAUUCUUGGUCAAACUCAUGACGCAAGCUCUGCAGCUGUUCAUGAAGAGAAAUGGAAAUGUUCUGCAUUGAUUUUGUCUGGAGUUAUUGAAGUGGUAUUGAAUACCGUUGCAAUGGAUUUGGAGAAAGCAGCAGAUCAAAAGGUUGAACUUGAAAAGGAGAUUAUGCAGUUUGUUGACCGCCAUGAUUCAUUGGCAAAGGAGGCAAGUACUUCAAGACAAAGCAAUGCUGGCAAAAGACCAAAUUUACGAGCUACUGCUAAAGAUGCAACAGAUGACAUUGACUCAGGCAACCCCAAAUUGAUUCAAGAACAUACAUUUUUCUUGGCAACUUCAAGCAUCCAUCAGUUAUUGCUAAUGGCACUGAAGUUAUACAGUAGUGAAAGCUCUGACAUAAAAGCAACUUCACAGAAUCAUAGCCAGUCAUCCUCAAGCAAGACAUCAAAGAGUUGUUUUAAGAUCAUUUCAUUUGCUUUGAAUGCAUCCCUUCAUCAUGUAAAAUCUUCAGCCGCUGUGGGAAAUGAAGGUCCAAUGAAGAAGUUGAUCUAUGGGGAAAUCAAUAUGCUGGGGCCUCCAUUGCUGAGAUUAACUCUUCUGCUCAAACCUGGUUCAAAUGUUGCAACUAGUCAUAGGAAAAAAGAAAGCAAAGCAAAAAAGGAUGCAGAGGAAAGAAAGGAACAUCUCCUUCUAGCAUUAUUUUGCUUGAAAGAAAUGAUAACAGUCAGUCUAUGUGGUUCUUGUUUGACUCACUUGCUUGAGAAUCUCUUGUCAGUUCCUGAACUUGAGAAUGCUGAUUUGCAUGAUGAAUGUGAUCAAGCCUCUGAAAUUGAUGACCAAGAUAUAAAAAACAAAGAGCUAUUCAUUCAGAAAUAUUUGAAGCCGCUGCUCACUGAUCUUAUGAAACUAUCAGCUUUUCGGACGGUUGAGAUUCUUUGUGAUAUCCUGUUGAUGAUUGGUCACAAAUUGCCCUGCAAAUGGAGGAACUCUCAUGGAGCUUGGGCUAUUCGUAUGUGCAAAACCAACAACACAACAAAUUCCAGUAUUGCAAAAAGCAUGGUUAGACUAGCCACUAGUUUGAGCUCACCACCAACAGAUUUGCUUGUGGCUCAAGAAAUGUUAAAGGAGCUCUUAAAGUUUAUAGGACCAAACAACAGUGACUUAUCGCAAGUCUCGGAAUACCUUGUUGUAAACCAGUCAACAACCAUUGCUAUAGCUUCUUGUCUUCUUCAAAUAACAGACAAUGUCAUUAUCGACGUGGAUUGGUCAACUAAAAAGCUAAAGGCAGCUUCACAAGUUGCUCAAAAGACCAUUCAUCAUGACCAGAAUGGAGAGCAUAAUUUGGGUUUCACAUUUGAGGAAAUUGUAUAUUCGAGGAUUAAAGCCGUUGUUGAAGUAUUAUCUUCCUUUGUUUUGAUGAGCCUUAAGGAUAAUCAAGCUGAGCAUUUUCUUAGAUUAACCGCAAGAUUUUACAAGAAUUUAGCUCUGAUUUCAAAGCUCAAGAUUGCCCCUAAAGGUCAGAAGCAGCUUUUACCAAGCCUUCAAUUCCAGAAGCUUGUCGAAUUAACUUGCAAGGAGCUCACCGUUCCGCUUUAUAACUUUGUGGCAGAGAUGCAACAAGCUCAACAAGAAAACGCUAACAGCAAAGGAAUGAUAAACAAGAUCAAAAGGGAGAAUAAAUGCAUCCCAGAGCUGAUAUUCCAGAUUGAAGAUUAUGAAAAACAUCUGAUUCGACUCAGCAAAGCAACCAAGAUGAACUUAUUGAAGCACGCUAAACGCAGCACUUGUCGAGACUUCAAAAUCUUGGACCCAACAACAGCUGUUGUCGGACAAGCUGUUCCCAACAAUGUUGGAAAUGAUAAUGACAAUGAAAAUGAAAAUGAAAAUGAAAAUGAAAAUGGAAGGUGCAGUGACUCUGAAGAUGGAAACAAUGAUGGCAAUGGAUCAGAUAAAGAGUUGUCACAUGAAGUGGAGUCUGAAUCUGAUGCCGUCGAAGAUGAUAGAGCUAGUGUUCCAACUGUUAAGGGGGUGAAAAGGUCUAGAAUUGUUCAUGAUUCCGACGAUGAUAGUUGAUGCAAGGAUUGUCAGACUGCACUAGGUAAUGGUUCUUGUAGAAACAUAAAUAUAAAUUUGUUAAGAAAAUUAGUAAAAAACUCACUAUAUAUGCGUAUUGUUGCUUACAAACGACAACUUCAGUAAUAUACGAAGUAUCCUUUUAAGUCCUCUGUUUCAAUUAUUGUUAUGCAAAUGACCCGUAUGGUGAAGAGUAAGGAAUGGCCUAACAAGGAUGCAGGCACAAACUAGGGCGCAAAGCCCAACAAUGAAGGCCCUUGGAAGAAUGCUCGUGAGAAAGACGAAAGGCUGAUGGCUAAAGAAGAUAAGGGAAGCUGAACUGUGAGUUGAGUUGGAAUGCGACUGAUAGAUAUACAUAAUUUUUAUUAGUAAUGUAUUGUUUCUUACAGCUGUCCAGAUGUCCUAUGGUUAGUUACAUGAGCUAAGCAAAUAUAUUGAAGAAUGUAAUACAUUUUUAAUCUAUCUAUGAAAGGAAAUUCAGCCUUCUUUUGAAA